AUGACUGUGGCCAUUUACCACUAUGUCAAGCCAGGAAAGGAAGCUUGGAAACUUUUUCUGCUGACUUUGAAGGCUCGCCUCUUUGAAAACAUGACUUCACAGGCGAGCGUGCCCCAUACCCCCGAGUCGGCUGCCAGCGUGGUGGAAAGUCUGGGCGACGCAGCCCUCUUGACCGAGGAGGAAGUCACAUCGAGCCAGUGCUGCACUUGCCACAAGCCCAUUGACAAGGACAAUUCUUUGGUCAUUGUUCGGGCUGGCGUCAAGUCUUCGAAUGAGAUCCGCCGUUGCCGGCCUUGCCACAGCAUGCGCAGCGCCAUUGAAAGGGGAGAGGAUCUCCGCAAGAGAUUGGAGGAAAUUGUUCAGGAUUGGAAGAUCAGCACCACCCGGUAUGAGUUCAACCAAGAAGCCGAUUUUGUUGAGGAAAGUGACCUCAGGGCAAAAUAUGCUGACAAGCCCGAGAUCGCCGAGAACAUCCUGAAGAACAGCCUUUCCUUCUUUUGUCCAAUCAAGAAGGUGAUCCUAUACGCCGACCCAAAGUACCAGGCCAAGGUGUCUGACCAACAUGAACUUGGGCAUUCAGAGAAAAGGAAGGGCCUGGAUGACACCACGGAUGCCAAAGCUCCAAAGAGACCAAAGAAGGCCGACAAGAAUGGCAAGGAUGGUGAUCCUGCCGACGAGCCCAAGCUCAAAGCGGGAGAAAAGAAAAAGGUCGCAAAGAAGGCUGAGCAAGUUUCUUCCAAGGUCCUGCAAAUGAAGGACACCUUGGAAAAGUGCUCCUCGUUUGGAGAUAUGAUCCCACCGUACGUCAUCAAGGCUGCGUCGGAUGCCAAAGACAAGUCCCAAGUCGCAAUCCAGAACGCCCAGACUUGCCUUGACUCUGGCAAAGGGGAUUCCAGCCACCUCAUUGAGACCCUGGAUGCUACACUCAAUGAGUUGAGUGAGGGUUUGGCCAGGGUGAAAAACCAGUUGGAACAGGCUUCCAAGUUCAAGUGA